AUGGCCGAGGAACAAAACCAAGCAUACCAGCAACGGACGUUACGAGAUUAUUUCAAGCCCGUAGUGAACGAGAAUUAUUCGGGCAUCCAACGUCAACAAGUCAAUGCCAACAACUUCGAGCUCAAGCCGGCCCUCGUCAAUAUGGUCCAGCAGAACCAAUAUGGAGGCUUGCCGCACGAUCCCAAUAUCCAUUUGGCCACUUUUCUAGAGAUUUGUGACACAGUGAAGAUUAAUGGAGUGAGUGCCGAGAUCAUCCGUUUGAAACUCUUCCCAUUCUCCUUGCGAGACUGGGCUCAGUCAUGGCUUCAAUCUUUACCAUCAGGGAGUGUAGCCGCAUGGGAGGACAUGGCCCAAAAGUUCCUCAUCAAAUUUUUUCCGCCUUCCAAGACGUCUCAAUUGAGGGCCGAGAUUACUCAAUUUCGGCAGUUUGAGUAUGAACAAUUAUAUGAGGCGUGGGAACGGUUUAAAGAGAUACUCCACAAGUGUCCUCAACACGCGGCUAGUGGAACCAUCUUGUCAAAGACACUCGGGGAUGCACUCAAUCUCUUUGAGGACAUGGCAAUGAAUAGUUGUCAAUGGCAAAACGAGCGGUCCACUGGACUAACCGCAGCCAAUGCCAAUGGUAAUCAAGAAGCUGUAAAGAUGGCACAAGCUUCGAGCUCAAGUGAUUCAUAUGAUGAGCAAUGUCACUUUGUCAACCGAAGCUACAAUUUUAGGCCCAAUAACAACUUACCGACAUACUAUCAUCCCGGGCUCAGAAACCAUGAGAAUUUCUCUUAUGCCAACAACCGGAAUGUUUUACAACCAACUCUGGAGUCGAGUAAACCGGCAAUGGAAAAGCCUUCCUCAUCACUUGAAGAACUUUUGAAGACAUAUAUUGUGGACUCUAAGGCUCGUCUUGAUCAACAUGACGCUCGUCUCAACAACAUUGAAACUCACUGCACUAAUUUGGGAGGCACUAUGAAGGCACUAGAAACACAAGUUGGCCAAUUGGCUAAUGCUAUAAAAGGGCAAUCAUCAAGGUCCUUCCCAAGCGACACUGAAAAGAACCCAAUGGAGUGCAAGGCCAUCACAUUGAGGAGUGGCAAAGAGCUUGAAGGCCCGAGUGUUCAAAACGCCGUGGUUGAUGAGGAGCCUAUCAAGAGCAACGACGAUGGUAAGGAUAAUUCAAAGGAGGAAAAUCUGAAGGCUAAAAAGGAAGCACCGGUGGUUAGACCGGGUUCGAUCACUUUUUUGGAUAACCCACCUCAUAUCACUCCCUCAUUGCCAUUCCUUCAACGGUUCCAGAAGAAGGCGCUUGACGAGCAAUUUGAGAAAUUUCUCAAUAUCUUCAAGAGGAUCCACAUUAACAUCCCCUUUGUGGACGCUCUAGAGCAAAUGCCAAACUAUGCCAAAUUCAUGAAGGAAGUUAUGUCCAAGAAGCGCAACUCGAGGACUAUGAAACGGUGA